AGUCCAUGAACGCGUUAUCAGAAACAGAAAGCGUCACCACUGCCACAUUUUUGCUUCACUCGCUCUACAACCGGCCGACUCGCCGCUUUCUUUGUUUGCCACCGUCCCUUUCACCGUCAAAAAAUUCCAAGAAUUUUUUGACAACCCCACAUUUCACUAGUUUUUAAUUACAAAACCCAAGUCGCGUUUUUCCCAUACUCACUCUCUUGUCUAUCAAUUCAGCAAACUCUCUCAUUGAAUGCAAAUGGGGGUUGAUUACUAUAAUCUACUGAAAGUUAACCGGGACGCAACGGACGAUGACCUGAAAAGGGCCUACAAGCGGCUGGCCAUGAAGUGGCAUCCCGACAAGAAUCCCGUUAACAAGAAAGAAGCCGAAGCGAAAUUCAAGCAAAUUUCAGAAGCUUAUGAUGUCCUCAGCGACCCGCAGAAGCGUCAGAUCUAUGAUAUAUAUGGGGAAGAGGGGCUUAAGUCUUUUGAAUUUGGUGGGCCUGGUGAUGAGGGGAAGGCGUCCAACAAUACGUCAUUCCGGUUCAAUCAGCGGGAUGCAGAAGACAUUUUCAAAGAGUUUUUCGGCGGAUCUGGAGGCGGUGGUAUGGGUGGUGGGAGUGGGAAGAGUGGGUUUUAUCGGAACGGGGAGACUGUGAGUCAGGGGAACAGGAAGAUGGCGGCGAUUGAGAGCAAGUUGCUGUGCAGUUUGGAGGAGCUCUAUAAAGGAGCUAGAAGGAAGAUGAGGAUUUCGCGUUCUGUCCCUGAUGAUUUCGGUAAGCCCAAGACUGUUGAUGAAAUCUUGAAGAUAGAUAUCAAACCAGGAUGGAAGAAAGGCACAAAAAUCACUUUCCCUGAGAAAGGGAACCAAGAACCUGGUGUUAUUCCGGCUGAUCUUAUCUUCGUGGUGGAUGAGAAGCCCCAUCCUAUCUUUAAACGGGAUGGGAAUGAUCUUGUGGUCAAUCAGAAAAUCUCAUUACUAGAUGCUCUUACAGGGAAGACUGUUGAUUUAACAACCUUGGAUGGAAGAUAUCUUGCAAUCCCAGCAACGGAUAUUAUCAAACCAGGCCAUGAGAUGGUGAUAUUGAAUGAAGGAAUGCCAAUCUCAAAAGAACCACACAAGAAAGGAAACCUUAGAAUCAAGUUUGAUGUCACAUUCCCAUCAAGACUCACUGCAGAACAGAAAUCUGAUCUCAAGAGGGUACUAGGUGGUGCUGAUAGCUUGGGUUACUGAUCAUCCAUCAGUGCUAAUUGUUCAUGUAAGUUAAUCGGAUGUAAAUACAUUUGCAUAUUCCACUGUUCUAGAGCAAGAUUGUGCAUAGUAGGAAGGAAGUUAGAAGCAUAUUAAGCACUAUUAUAAUUCUAUUAUCAAAGCUGUCAAAAGAUUAUUCCUAUUUGAAAGUUGUAUACUGUUGAUCUACUAAUGUUUAGUCUUUUUGCUUUGAAGUUGAAGCGAGAAAAUCCUCUGUAUGUACUUGAGAAAUGAUGACAUCUAAUGCACUGACUUGUUUCCUGACA